GGCAGCCUCGCAGUGGGUAUUUUCUUUCUUUUCGCUCUCCCCACUUACUCCAUUGUUUAAUUCUUCACCUUCCUGGCCAGGCACUGGCUCAAUCACGCAGCCCGACAGACAUAUGGAGCUGCUGCUACACUAGAGGGAGGGGCGUCCCUGAAACAGUACACCUCAAGUGCAAGUGAAUGGAGUAAUUCAUGGCUGGGGAGGUGGAGGGGUACUCUUCCUCAAUUCAUGGCUCCAGUGUCUCUGCUGGCUUCAGGGCACUGUAUGAAGAAGGCCUUUUGGUUGAUGUCACCCUCGUCAUAGAAGAGCAUCAAUUCCAAGCACACAAAGCUUUGCUGGCGACACAGAGUGACUAUUUCCGUAUUAUGUUUACCGCUGACAUGCGUGAGCGUGACCAGGACAAGAUCUACCUGAAAGGAUUAACUGCGACUGGUUUCAGCCACGUGCUUCAGUUUAUGUAUUAUGGGAAUAUUGACCUCAGCAUGGCCACAGUCCACGAGAUCCUGCAAGCUGCUAUGUACGUGCAACUGACUGAAGUAGUGAAAUUCUGCUGCUCUUUCCUCAUGGCUAAAAUCUGUCUGGACAACUGUGCUGAGGUCAUGAGGCUACUGGAUGAUUUCAGUGUCGACAUAGAGGGUGUCAGGGAAAAGUUGGACUCCUUCUUGCUAGAGAACUUUGUACCACUCAUGUCCAGGCCUGACUUCCUCUCUUAUUUGAGCUUUGAGAAGCUUAAGAGCUACUUGGAUAAUGACCGCCUAAGCAGGUUUCCUGAGAUAGAGCUGUAUGAAGCUGUUCAGGCUUGGUUGCGGCAUGAUAGGAGACGCUGGAGGCACACUGAUACCAUUAUUCAGAACAUCAGGUUUUGUUUGAUGACACCAGCUAAUGUCUAUGAGAAGGUUGGUGAAAACAUCUGAAUUCUAUCGGUACUCGCGGCAGCUGAGGCAUGAGGUGGAGCAAGCUCUAAACUACUUCCAUAACGUCAGCGAGCAACCUCUGAUGGAAAUGAAAUCAAACCAUAUCCGUUCAGCAAAACCCCAGACUGCAGUAUUCCGGGGAAUGAUCGGGCACAGCAUGGUUAAUAGCAAGAUCCUUCUUCUUCAUAAGCCUCGUGUGUGGUGGGAGCUGGAAGGUCCCCUGGUUCCUCUCCGUCCCGAUUGCCUUGCCAUCGUUAACAAUUUUGUCUUCUUGUUGGGGGGAGAGGAACUCGGGCCUGACGGUGAAUUUCAUGCAUCUUCUAAAGUAUUCCGAUAUGAUCCACGUCAAAACAGCUGGCUGCGAAUGGCAGACAUGUCUGUGCCACGGUCAGAAUUUGCUGUCGGAGUCAUUGGUAGAUAUGUUUAUGCUGUGGCUGGAAGGACGCGGGAUGAAACCUUUUACUCCACAGAGCGAUAUGAUAUCAUAGAAAAUAAAUGGGAGUUUGUCGAUCCUUACCCUGUCAACAAAUACGGCCAUGAAGGGACUGUUCUUAAUAAUAAAUUAUUCAUCACAGGGGGCAUUACCUCCUCUUCAACUUCCAAACAGGUGUGUGUGUUUGACCCAAGCAAAGAGGGGACUGUGGAACAAAGAACCAGAAGAACACAGGUUCUAACAAACUGCUGGGAAAAUAAGUGCAAAAUGAAUUACGCUAGAUGUUUCCACAAGAUGAUUUCUUACAAUGGAAAACUCUAUGUCUUUGGUGGCGUCUGCGUUAUUUUAAGGGCUUCGUUUGAAUCGCAGGGCUGCCCCUCUACAGAAGUUUAUGAUCCUGAUAUGGAUCAGUGGACUAUUUUGGCGUCCAUGCCAAUAGGUAGGAGUGGUCAUGGAGUAGCCGUGCUAGACAAUCAAAUCAUAGUGCUCGGUGGCCUGUGUUACAAUGGCCAUUAUAGUGAUUCCAUCUUAACCUUUGAUCCAGAGGAGAAUAAAUGGAAAGAGGAUGAGUUUCCCAGAAUGCCUUGCAAGCUGGAUGGUUUACAAGUAUGCAGCCUGCAUUUUCCAGAAUACAUUUUAGAGCAUGUGAAACGUUGCACAUAAAAAUAAGCAAUUUUUUGAUCUACUCGGAUCUUGUGCUAGUCCCAUAGCUAAAGGCAGGUUCUCAUGGCAGUGACCAGUUGGGUUUCUUUGUUGUCUGACAGCAUUAUAUGAAUUGGGAGACCCAUUGUGAACUUGGCAGACUUGGGGUUUCCUUGCCAGGUCUGACUAAGCUUUGUUUUUUAUUUAAAUACAUUCUGUCCAUUUUA